AUGCACAUGUGAGGUGGUUUGUCAAGCCCCAACCUAACCAAAAAGAAGAAGGGGAAGAAGACCCGGGAAAUAACAAACAAAAAGCAACAAAGAGAUGAAAACAAAGCAAGCAGAGAAAAGACAAUUUACACUAAACAACUAACUCUUGACAUAAGUAUUUAUUGUAUGCAAAGAAGCACAUUAAGGAGUUCAGUGAUGAUUUAUCUUAAUGCCCAGAAAAGUUACAAAGACAGCAAAGCCUUCGCUGCAAUUCUUGGAGCGGCCUUUGUGUGGAGCCAAACUCCAAAAUGUGCCCGAAGUCCGAGCAGCACUCAAUGCCAGAGAUUUCUUCACAGAGGCAGAAGCACAGAGCAGCUCAGCUCUUAAUUCCUGGGUUAGGCCACAAUUUGACAUUUCAGUUGCAACUGCACCUCCAGUGAGACGAGGGAGGAGAAAGUGUCAGUCUGCCACAAGCAUCUUGGACAGCUGCAGUCAGCUGUCCAGGAAACAUAGUGUCUGCAAAUUCCCCCAAUUAUUGUUUAAAACAGGGUCAAAAGACCAAACUCAGCAACCAAAGGGGAUCUCCACGAAGAAAGCUAUAGAGAGUACUCAUGUGGGAAAUCAGAGGCAGGAAACCUGCCGAAAGAGAAGGACAGUUUCAGCUGCACAGUGCUCUAACCUACCAAAGGCACAGUUUGCCUCAGUAAGAAAAAAGAGUGCUGAAACAUUCUCAGACGACACUUCAUCCCACCAAAGAUGUUUGGCUGAACCUGACAGACCAUCUAUGCAAGUGUCAGAGAGAUGCAGAAUUCCAGCAGUCUGUGCUUCACCACUUCCCUGUGAAGCGUUUAGCACCACUGAAGUCAGCAGUGUCUGUCCACCUGCUGAUGUGGACACUCCGAAAGCAAUGGAGGAAAGGAACAUUUCUCCGUCUACCCCCUGUGGACAUUUGCUGCUGGCUCAGCCGUGUACACCUCCAUGUAAUGGGUCACCUGACAUUUUGGUGGCUGACACGCCAGAGAGGGACUAUGGAAUGAAGGUGACAUGGAGAAGAAGAAAGAACUUGAUGGUGUUGUUAAAACAGAGAGGCCAUCUCUCUGAGGCAGAUGCUUUAAUUCAAAGUUGAUGUAGAGAUUGUAAGAUUUUUCUGUAUUCUCAUAAUAGCUGCAGCUUAAUUUCCUGUUUAUUGGUUAAUUGACUGCAGUUCUAAACAUCAUAAUGCCACGUCUGACAAAGUCUGUUAUGAACCCCCUCUGAACAACAUUUUUAUGCAUGAGUUUAAAAUGUAACUUUAGUAAAUUAUUUUAAUGGGUGUGAUAUUAAAACGUCAAGACAGAUUCUAAUGAUACUAUCAUCUAUACUUUGAUCUAUAUUAACUUUAACUGAAAUAUCCAAAAAUUAAGAAGCACAAAAUAAGUACUCAAGUUACCUGUGUGAUCUAACCACUAGUCUUCUGAAGGACCAUUUAAGAUUGUUUUUGAUGAUUCUGCUGUGCAAGUUAAAAACAUCUUGUUUUUCUACUACAUUGCAAAAGAGGCAUAAAAUAAAUGUUUAAGAGGAAAGAGAAAGCUAAAUUCUUGAUUACUGAGUAACCUCUCAGGCUUCCUGUGACCCCCCUACAUCUGGGAUUACUCUGCAUUUUUAUCCCUUCUUCUAGCAUUCCAUUUAUUGAGACAACAUCCCAGAUUGUGAUUGGCUCUUGGUAAGUCGAGACAUCACACUAAAAGUGUUGACCCUUAAAGAGCUGUGCUGAUGCAUCCCUUCUGAAACGAAAGAUGAGCAUCAUCAGGUGAAAUAAGUUUUUAACAGUUACAGUGACACAACCCUUCAAAGACUUUCCCAGAAACCACUGAAAAACACUAGUUUCCAUUUAUGUUACAUGGUAGAUGCCAGACCUGUAACUUGCAGGUUUGUGAGUAGUUAGAUAUACCAUUAAUUCAGACUACCUCACAGCAGUGUUAACGUGUUCAAGAAAAACAUACUUUGUCAUACAUUUAGUUUGCAGUAAAGUUAUAUUGCUAUAAUUGCAGUUGGGUUGGAUUGGACAGGUGGAAAUUUAGCUGGAUGUUUUUCUUCUAAAACUUUACAUUUGUGACAAUUCAUUACUAAUUCAUUCGUAUACAUUACUUGCAUUUAUGUAAACUUAUAUUUAUAUAGGUUUUUAUUUAUAUAAAAUGAAAAAUAAAACCCCUCCUACAGUCAAGGCAUGCAC